CUCAGGCUCCUGGUUGCGCCAUCACUUCCUGCAUAGCAGGAAGCGAGUCAGAGCGUCCGCGCCGCCCAGCGCGUCUGGACCCCGAGGUACCGACCCCCCAGGUCCCUGUGACACCCCUGGUCUGAGACAUCCGUUCUCUCAUCCCCCGGUCCGGAGAGCUGGGUUGGCAGUGAGGGGCACCAACAGAGCUUGGGAGGGGAAAUACCAGAGCUCUACGGGUCGUGAAUGAGGGACACCAACAGAACCGUGGCAGAAGCUGAUCUGCUGCCCCCCUUCUCUGUCUCUCUCUCCUGUUCUUGCCGCUCCCUGAACCUCUCCCCAGCCUGGAAGGCGGCUCCCCACCCCAUACCAGGAUCUGGGAUUGAGCAGGCUGCUUCACCAGGAGCUGAGAGCAGAGCGCUCUGCUCAGAACCCGGGCUGCACCAGGACCAGCCCUUAACCCCCAGCAUGGCACGCUGGCUGGCCACACCCCAUGGCUGGAUUUGACGCCUUCCAUCACAGCAGCGCCUUCACAGCGGCUCCUCAUGACGCUCUUAUCCAAUGAGACGGCGGGCCACGCCCACUGAUGGCCAGUGGCCAUAAAGGAGAAAGCUGACUGGCAAAGGGUAGAGCACGUAGUUGUCCUUCCCAGCCAAUUGGAUUGCUUCCUUGACUCUUGCUCCCCCAGGCCUGUGUGCAUGUGAUCAGCAGCUGCGCCUCUCCGUCCGCCAGGCCGUCUCAUUCCUGUUUUCCGCGGGGGGCGGGGAGGGCAUGUUGGUGAGGGGGAGGGCCAUGCAGUCAGAUGACCUCUUCGUCCGCAAGAUCAGGCGCCACUCCACCCGGCCCCAUCUGGCUUCCAUCUCCUUUGACGCCAAGGGGCUCCCGGCCCCCCUCCUGCGCCCCCCUCGGAGUGAGGUGACCCAGGGGCUCCCCAGGGGGCAUGGCACCCCCCCUGGCCUAGCCUUAAGGCCUGUCAGCCACAUCAUGCACCGCAGCAACAGUGACGUGACCCUUGGGGAGGGGGUACCUGGGGACGGGGCACCUCCCUCCUCGUCACUGGUGGGGGCUGGGGAUUGCGGGCUGCACCGGGACUAUGGCAGCCUGAGCUCCAUUGAGAAAGGCCCAGGGCCUCCCCGCACCCGUGCCCACAGCCAUGAGGAGCCACGGGCGGGCAGCCCAGCUGCUCGGCGCUUCUGGGACCCCCUGGUGCUGCUGGGGCUUGUGGGAGACGAGGUGUGGGAGGGGGAUGGCCAGGGGGCUGGGGCUGCCAUGUCAGAGCAGGACAGGGGGGAAGAGCCCCCCAAGUUCCCCCCACAGGUCUGGGUGCGCCAGCUGGCCCACUAUGACGUGCAAAGCAUCCUCUUUGAUCCAGGUGAGGCGGCCUGGUGCCAGGGCAGUGCCGGGCGCCGGGUGCGUAACAUCACCACAGGGGCCUCAGCCGCCUCAACAGGGCCUGCCCCCACCCCUGUCCCUGAGGAGCCUGACCCAGGUGAUGGCAAGGAUGGGCCUCUGGUGCUCAGUUGCCCCCACUUCCGCAAUGAGAUUGGGGGCGAGGAGGAGAGGGGGCUGGGCCGGCGCCAGGAAGCAGGAGGGGGCGCCGGGCAGCUGCCCAAUGCGGCCGUGUCUGUGCUGGAGGAGCCACGGGAAAGUUACCCCACCAGAGGCAGCCGGGCAACCCACUGCAUUGAGUAUGCCGACCUGGGCGCCAGCUACUACCGCAAAUACUUCUAUGGCAAGGAGCACCAGAACUUCUUUGGGGUGGAUGAGCGCCUGGGAGCGGUGGCCGUGUCGCUGCGGCGCGAAGAGAAGGAGAAGGAGGGUGCCAGCCUGCAGUACAGCUACCGCCUCAUCCUGCGCACCAGCGAGCUGCGGACCCUGCGUGGCUCAGUGCUGGAGGAUGCACUGCCCCCCACCGCCCGUCCCCCCACUGCCCGCGGGCUGUCCCCCAAGAAGCUGCUGGAGCAUGUGUUGCCCGACCUGAACCUGCAGGGGCUGCGCCUGGCAUCCAACUCACCCAAGGUGCCCGAUACACUGCUCAAGCUGGAUGAGCAGGGGGUGAGUUUCCAGCGCAAGGUGGGAGUUCUGUACUGCCGGGCGGGGCAGGGCUCUGAGGAGGAGAUGUACAACAACGAGGGGGCCGGCCCCCACUUCCAGGAGUUCCUGGAGCUGCUGGGCCAGCACGUCCAGCUGCGUGGCUUCACCAAGUACCGUGCCCAGCUUGACACCAAGACUGACUCCACGGGCACCCACUCGCUGUACACCACAUACCAGGACUAUGAGAUCAUGUUCCACGUCUCCACCAUGCUUCCCUACACGCCCAACAACCGCCAGCAGUUGCUACGGAAGCGUCACAUUGGCAACGACAUUGUCACAAUCAUCUUCCAGGAGCCAGGUGCACAGCCCUUCACACCCCGCACCAUCCGCUCACACUUCCAGCAUGUCUUCAUCAUAGUGCGCGCGCAUGAACCCUGCACCGAGCGCACCACCUACAGUGUGGCAGUGAGCCGCACCAAAGACAUCCCACUCUUUGGACCGCCCAUCCCAGCUGGCCACCGCUUCCCCCGGACACCCGCCUUCCGGGACUUCUUGCUGGCCAAGGCCAUCAAUGCAGAGAAUGCAGCUGAGCGGUCAGGCAAAUUCCACGCCAUGGCUACCCGCACGCGCCAGGAGUACCUGCAGGACCUAGCGCGCAGCCAUGCUACCACCACCAGCCUGGAGGCCUCCUCCUCCCGCCUGCCCCUGCUCUCCCUGGGCGCCAAGAGGAAGGAGCGGGCCAAGGGGGCCAAGGCCUGCGAGCUGCAGAGUGCAGGGGCCCUGGUGUGGAGCGUGCGGGCACAGGACGGAGACCGGGCUGCCCCCGAGCUGCCCUCCCUGCUGGGCAUCUCUGCUGAGUUCCUGGUGCUCAUUGAGGCCAAGGGCAAGCGAGUCAUCUUCAACUGCUCCUGCCGUGAUGUGCUGGCCUGGACCUACUCGGACUGCGGCCUGGACCUCUACUACGGCUCCGGGGACUACAUCUCCGUUCGGCUCCCCGACGGCCAAGGGGACGAGGUCAAGGACAUUGUGCACCGGCUGCAGCUGGUGACGCGGGGCUGCGAGACGCGGGAGCUCACUCUGCUGCGGAACGGGCUGGGCCAGCUGGGUUUCCAGGUGGACAGCGAGGGCUUCGUCACCGAUGUCGAGCGCUUCACCUUUGCGGAGAAGGCCGGCCUGCAGCCUGGCGCCCGGCUGGUGCGUGUGUGCGAGCGGGCGCUGCCCAGCCUCAGCCGCGCCCAGACUACCGAGCUGCUGCGCACCGCCAAGAAAGUCACCAUCACCAUGGUGCCUCCUGACGAGAAUGGCAAGCCCCGCAGGAGUUUCUCGGAGCUCUAUGUGAAGUCCCUGCAGGAGAAGCGGCGCAGUGAUUCCCCGUCAAGGGAGCCCCCACAGCCGGCUGGGGACCCGGGGCCCGAGGGGGAACUGAGACCAGCCACGCUGCAGCUGCUGCGCUCGCUUUCCCUGCAGGAUGGACCCCCCCAUAGCCUGGCUGAGGAGCGCACCGAGUUCCUGCGCAGCCACAGCGAGGGCACUGCCCCUCCCAGCCUGCCGUCCCAGAGCAGGGAGAUCCCCAUGUUAUCUGACCCCCCACCUGACCUCAUCCUGGCAGCCACACCCAAGGGGCCCCCUGAGCAGGACACGGACCAUCCAGGAGACCCUACAUCACUGGAGCAGGCUCCCCCAGAUCAUGGGGUCAUGGGUAGCCAGGCCCCGCCCCCUAGCGAGACAGCUCCACCCACCUCAGACAUGAGUGACACCGAGAAAUUCCUACCCCGGACGCUCUCACUGCGAAACUCCAUCACCAAGAUUCUGUCGGAAGCCGGCGAGUCCCUGGAGGAGGAGUGGGACUCCAUCUCCAACCUGGCUACCACCUGCAACAGCAUCCUAGAGGCGCUCUCGAAGGAAGCAGGGCAACAUGUGCUGGAGAACAGAGAGCCCCCCGGUGGGAGUGGCCAGAGGAACCCAGGCCAGCAGCCCCCUGAGGAUGAAGGCCAUCAGUCCCGGUCGCUGUCGGAGAAGGUCUCUCACUUGGAGUCCAUGCUAAAGAAGCUGCAGGAGGACUUGCAGCAGGAGCAGGCAGCCAAGGCAGCACUACAGGCCGAGGUGCAGAGUCUGCGGCAGAACAACCAGCGGCUGCAGCAGGAGCAGGAGAGUGCGGCUGCCCGGCUCAGCCAGGUCACCCGUCUGCUGUGCGGCUCCCCUGGCCAGUCCCUCUAGGGGCCUUGGGCCACCUCCACCCUCACUUGCCCAGUCAUCCCCCCACUGCCCUUGUCUCGCCAUUGACCCCACUUCUACUCCUCCCCUCUCUGGUCCCCAGGGGGCACUGUGGUUACCCCCAGGAGGGACCACAGUCUGAACUGCACUCUGGGGGGCCCACUUUGUGACUGGCCAUGCACAGGGGAUUCAGGCUACCAAUCCCCCAAAACUGUCUGGGGGGGAAGGGAGCCCCCCCGGAACAUGGCUUCUCAUCUCUCAAGACUUUUACCUCUGGGGAGCCCAGCACAGACUCACCAGCCCAAAGGCUACUGCCAGGAGCAGGCUCUGAUAUCGGGGUACAGGCAACACCCCCAGUUCCAGCUGGCUAAGCUCAUACACAAAUCUCAACUCUUAGGUAAAUCUGACUGUAAUGGGCAGGAGGUUGUAACCUUGUCAUCUGUGGGGUGGGCACAGGAGGGAGGGCUGGUGUUGCUGAGCAGGAGUGAGAAGGAGGGACUUAAUGGCGCAUUUGACCUUGACCCCCUCGGAAAAAAUCAACUUGCAAUACCCCCCAAUCCUGCUGCAUCGAUCCAGGCCUCAGGAAAACCCUGGCAUGAGAGAGAGAUGAUUCUACUCUCCCACUUAUACAAAUGCUCACACACACACACAUGACUGCACACAUUCAUGCACAUUUGCACACACACAUGACUGCACACACACACACACACAUACAUUUGCUCACCCAGAUGCACUCCUCACACCAGCUCAGAGUGCUCCCAGUCCCACACACGCCCUCACACUGAUGCACGCCUGUGCAGACUUGCUCCCACUCGUGCUUGGGCAGACUAUGCUCACACUGAUGCAUGCUCACACUCACGUGCUCUCACUCAAGCUCCCAUGCACUGACACAUGCUCCCAUGCAAACACACACUGUAACACCUUCACUCCAGCUGCCAGAUCCCCCAGACUCCUAAGGGUCCAGAGCCCCACCCCCAUCCAGCACUGACCCGGCCAGCGCAGGAACCUCUCAGCCUGAAGAGGGUGCCACCCCGCCUGGUAACUGUGAAGAUACUGCAAGCUGUGAGUUAAUGCCCCCUCUCCCCCAACCCACCCCAACCCAUCCCAGCUUCCCGCAUAGCAGAAAGGAGGUAUGGGGACAUUCAGAGGUGAAAGGACGCUGGUACGCCCCCGUACGGCAUACCGGUAAGAGCAAGUGCGCUGGCCGAGAGGGCAAUUGAAAGCCCUGGGGUAGCAGCGGCAGGGCUGCGGCGGGGAUUUAAAGGGCCCCGGAGCUCCAGCCGCUGCUACCCCCCGGAGCCCUUUAAAUCCCCACCUGAGCCCUGCUGCCCGAGCCCUGGGGUACGGGUGGGGGGGCUCUGGCGGGGAUUUAGAGAGGCCCGGAGCUCCAGCCACUGCUACUGCCCCGGCCCUUUAAAUCCCAGCCAGAGCCCCACUGCCGAAGCCCUGGGAUAGUGGCGGUGGGGCUCCAGCGGGCAUUUAAAGGGCCAGGGCGGUAGCGGCGGCUGGAGCCCCAGGGCCCUUUAAAUCCCUGAUGGAGCCCGGCCACCGCUACCCCAGGGCUCGGGCAGCAGGGCUCAGGUGGGGAUUUAAAGGGCUCGGGGCUCUGGCAGCUACUACCACAGCGGAACCCCAGGCCCUUUAAACCUCUGCCAGAGCCCAGAGCCCUGGGGUAGCGGUGGCAGCCAGGAGCCCCCAGGGCUCCUCAGUGAUUUAAAGGGCCUAGGGCUCCGCUGCGGCAGCUGGAGCCCUGGGCCCUUUAAAUCGCCCCCGAGCCCCGGGGCUCCCAGCCACCUCUGCAGCUGGUAGCUCGGGGGUGAUUUAAAGGGCCCUGGGCUCCCAGCCGCCACUAUUGCAGCUGGAGCCCUGGCCCUUUAAUUUCAAGGGCCCAGGGAUUUAAGGCCCUGCCUCUUCCGGUUGAGGCCACGCCCCCUGCUCAGGACUCUGGUGUAGGGGUAAGUCCUCUAACUUACUUUUACCCGUGGGGACAUUGCUUCUGGUCAUUUGCUUCCCCCCCAGCAGUGCCCCUCCCUUUGCACAAGCCCAUCCCCUACUACCUUCCCCCCAUGCUCCAUCGAGACAUAGCCUCCAUACUGUACUAGGGGGAGGGAGGUGGUACAGGGCCCAGCCCCCCAUUUGGUGCUAGGGGAUAUUUCUGGAGAGUGUCCCUUAUUUCUGGAGGGGGGUCCCCUGUGACAUGGGAGGGUUGUCGUGUCUCCUUUUGGGUUGUAAAUAUUUUAGUACCAAGCAGAACACAAGUCCUUGUUUCAGGUUUAUUUGUUUGUUUGUUAGUUUUUUACACUGAAAAUGGCCAAUCUUAGAGGCAGAGAAUCUGUGUCUGACGUGAAUGUACAAACCCAAGUGUGUCUGUCCCCCGACCCCUCUGUGCAAUAAAGAGCCAAUAUGCAGCUCCCAGGGUCCGACACCA